AUGCAAAGCUCCUCCCACUCGUCUGAUGAAGAUCAUAAGCAGAGUGGAAAGAAGAACUGGUGGUCUGGUGUGGCUGAUGCGUUUUGUGGCUUCGUGCUUACGUUGGGUGAGGAGCUGCCCGAGGUAGAGACCAUUAACAACUACGCCCUGUUCAUGGGGUACCUCUCCAUGGCGGUGAGAGGGCUGGGUUUUCUGGUGGUUACAUGGACCACCGUCGUCCUCCUUGGCGGCUUCGUCUCCGUUCUCGGGCAAAAGGACUUUUGGUGCCUCACCGUCAUCACCCUCUCGCAGACGGUUGGGGUAUUCGAUGUCUUUCUAAAUGAAAAAAUGGGCAGUAUUUGGCAUGCAUACCGAGGCCUAUUCAUUGCCAGUUUGACCACCGGCGCUCACAGAUUUGAAGCUAAGACCAACAGUGGCGCCAAACCCAACAUCUUUAUUCGGAUAACUACUUCAUGUCUCGAAAGGAAACUAGAAAAGGCGGACGACUGUUAUGAUGCGAUGUCUUACUUCUUACUGAUAUGCAUGAUAGAGCUCUUUUUGUGGUUUAUAGUCAGUAUUGCAAAGGCGGCCGUUCAAGCACUCAUAUUCGCCAUUAUACUGCUUCCUCUGGCGAUUCUCUAUGUGUUUGGGCUGUACAUCUCUACCAUUAUCUCGUUGUGGCGUCUAAUACAACACGACUACGGUGAAGAUGGAGGCGCUAACAUGAAGCUGGCACUGAACGUCUUGUACUCACUAGCUGUGGUCCAGGGUUUGGUCUUCUGCUACAAGAUCAUUUUCGCUCGCCGGGAGAAGAGUAUGAUAUUGAUAAUGGCUAGUGAAGGGCAUUCCGUAGACGAACGUGGGUGGUCGGACUACCUGCGUGAGACCAAGAUUGGAUGCGAGAAAGACCCGAGUUUUGCCAGAGGGAGGAACCUCGUGACUUAUGCCGUGGACCUGAUCGAGUCCAGGUCAGCAGCCAGCUACCAUUCAGGGACAAGGGUUCUCGAGAUGCUCCUGGACUCGCAUGGCCACUGUUUGCUUAUCAGGCAGAUGAUUGUAUGUGGAGGAUCUAGCCACGUACUCCAGAAACUGCUGGCCACACUAGACCACGGAAGCCCAUACUGUGGAGAGACGAGGGGGUAUGCCACGAAUAUAGUGGAAAAUCUUGCAUCUAAGAGACAGAUCCGCUUGGCGCAGUUCCCUGGAGGGAUUCAGCGCAUAUCUUCCAUGCUCCAAGACCCGCAAAAAAAGAAAGAGGCCUCGCCUAUCGAAGACCUGGAAAUGAAAAACAAAUACACUUCUCAGGUCGACAAUGGCUUGCGGAUCCUUGAGCAUUUGGCCAACGAUGAGGACAAUCGGAUAACCAUGACAAACACGCUGGGUCUUCUAUCUAGUAUCACGGCGCCUAUAGGCAGAUGGCACCGUGACGGAGAUCAUUGUCAUGCAUGGGCCCGCACAGCAGGCCUCAUAAACCAGCUAGUCGUCGCUCUUGCUGGAGAGGCUGAAGAUACUGGCGUCAAGCUGCGGCGCGAAAUCUCACACAACGGAGAUGUGGUCGGGGCCCUAGAAAGUAUUCUCACGUGUGCUGAAUGUGAUCCGAAGUAUCGCAUAGAAGCCAAUAACAUACUCGCGGAUCUAUCCGUGGAAAUGACGUCAACUGAAGACAAUGGUCUAAUUAGCUCCUUUACAGCAAGAAAGGAAGAAAACCUCAUCGGCAUCCUGGUAGAUAACUUCAUUCAUGUCAACAGGGAGGACCCCAACGCACACUCCAGAGUAGAUUUUGCAGGCAGUCAGCUGGCAGAGCUAUCCAAGAAAAGCAAAAGCAGUGCGAAGCUUAUCUUGAGGGCAAACGAUGCUGUUGCUCCUGGUCUCAUUACAAUUGUCGAGAACAAAGCACGUGGAUCAGGGAGUGCAGAAGAAAUCCUGAACAAUCUAUGCAAUCAUUACAGCAAAGAUGACGAAUGUUUUGACAGACUGAAGAAAGCCUUGAUCAAUGGCAUGACAAAGGUGCUCACAGAAAUGCUUCCUCAGUUAGGACAAGGGAUAGGAGCAGAAACAGAAGCACAUAACAACAUUCUUCUUUCAGCACCAGGUGAAGAAUUAGAAAUAGUUUGUGAAUCUCAAGAGAAUGCGAAGAACAGGAAGGAAGAUGAUCAAGAUUUGUCUAGUCAGUUAGAUGACAUCAUCGCUGUGAUGGACUCAGCGAAACCUGUUAGGACUUUUGCCUCCCUUGUAGAGGAAGCACAAGAAGCACUGGAAGAAGUAAAAGCACAGGAAGCUCGACAAAAAGAAGCGUGCAGAAGAUCCUAA